AAGUUAUCCAUUAAUAGAGAAAAAGAAAUAACGGAGUGAGAAAGAACAGCAUAACAUAUCAGCAGAAAACUGAUUGAUGGCAACCCAAAACAAGAAAGAAGCAGUUUGCGUGACAGGAGCCAAUGGGUUCAUAGGCUCAUGGCUUAUACAGACCCUUUUACAACACGGCUACACUACCAUCCACGCCUCUAUCUACCCGGCCUCCGACCCUUCUCACCUCUUCCACCUCAUUUCUUCUUCUUCUCACGGUGACAUCAUCAACCUCAAGCUCUACGAAGCAGACCUGCUUGACUACGACGCCAUAUGUAAGGCUGUAGAGGGUUGUCAAGGGGUUUUCCACGUGGCGUCUCCUUGUACCUUGGAAGAGCCUAAAGAUCCAGAGAAGGAACUUGUAUUGCCUGCUGUUCAGGGUACUAUUAAUGUUCUUGAAGCUGCUCGUAAGUUUAAGGUUAGGCGCGUUGUUCUCACGUCUUCUAUUUCUGCCUUGGUUCCUAAUCCUAACUGGCCUGCUGGUAAGGUGUUUGACGAAUCUUCUUGGACUGACUUGGAUUACUGCAAGUCUAGACAGAAAUGGUAUCCGGUCUCAAAGUCACUUGCUGAGAAAGCAGCAUGGGAAUUUGCAGAGAAGCAUGGAAUGGAUGUGGUGGCAAUUCAUCCUUCCACGUGUAUAGGUCCACUGUUGCAGCCUAGUUUAAAUGCUAGCUCUGCUGUGUUACAGCAAUUGUUAGAGGGGUCUAAAGACACUCAAGAAUAUCACUGGUUAGGAGCUGUGCAUGUCAAAGAUUUGGCAAAGGCACAAGUUUUGCUGUUUGAGGCUCCUUCUGCUUCUGGUAGAUAUCUUUGCACCAAUGGUAUUUAUCAGUUUGGUGAUUUUGCUGACAGAGUAUCCAAGCUCUUCCCUGAGUUUCCUGUUCACAGUGCAUGUACUUAGACUCUGAUUCACAUAUAGCUUUAUUGGAGAAACUCAACCAGGUCUGACAACUUGCAAAGAUGCUGCAAAGAGAUUAAUUGAACUGGGGCUAGUCUUCACUCCUGUUGAAGAUGCUGUUGGGGAGUCGGUCGAAAGUCUGCAAGCUAAAGGCUUCCUGAAACACAAGACAUCAGAGUCUUAGUUGCUUUUGGAGCUUAAUUUCAUACUGUCACUUUUCAUUAGCUGAUGCUAAUAAUGAUAGUAAUGAGAAUGAUUUCUUUAAUAACUAAAGUUUCCUUUUAUA